AUGGCGUCUAUCAAAGCCAACGCACGCAAGGUGGUAUGCAUUGGUCGUAAUUACGCUGAUCACAUCAAAGAGCUCAACAACACUCGCCCCAAGAACCCGUUCUUCUUUCUCAAGCCGACCUCAUCCAUACUCCCACCUCCGCAUAGCAACACACCAAUCCUGCUACCUAGAAACGUCAACGUACACUACGAAGUUGAGCUUGGUAUAGUGAUAGGCAAGCCUGCGCACAACCUUCAUAUUCCGAGCAGUCUACCUGAUGAGGACGCAAUGGCAAAAGCACUGCCUUAUAUCAAGAGCUAUUUUAUCGGCAUAGACCUUACAGGACGGAACCUUCAAGAGGCAGCGAAGAAGAGUGGUCUACCAUGGACCACAGCAAAAGGAUUUGAUACCUUCCUACCCAUAUCGAACGAGAUCCCUAGGGACAGAAUCCCUGACCCGCACAAUGCACGGAUUUGGCUCAGUGUCAACGGGGAGAAGAAGCAAGAUGAUAACACGAAUCUGAUGUUGUUCAGGAUACCACGGAUAUUGAGCGAGAUCAGCAGAGUCAUGACACUCGAGGAAGGAGAUCUUGUCAUAACGGGUACCCCGAAAGGCGUUGGAUCGAUUGUGGCUGGUGAUCGCGUGGAAUGCGGGAUUGAGGUUCAGGGGAGCAAAGUAGAGGAGGGCAGUAUUGAAAUCGGAGUUGAAGAUGCGGCAGGACCAGAAGAUGGCGGUUACGAUUUUGCACGGCUGUGA